AAUGAAAAUAUUAUACAAAAAGAGUGGAUAAACAAUUAAUUAAAAACUAAAAUACAAUUUAGAAGUGUGACAAAAAACUAUGUAGAAUGUAAAUGACACCUAAAUUACAAUAAAAUGAAAUAUUGCCUAGGCAAUGGUUUUGAGUUGUUAUCUGCACCAAUAGUUUCGUAACUCAGUGACGUAUAAUAAUUAUUAUAAAUUAGGACAGUCAUGCAAAUAAGCUGUUUGAUACCUGUCAACAGCAAGAGCUGCAAAUUGAAAUUGAUUUCUGCCUGAGAUUACAUAUUUUCAACAGCUAUCUCCCAGAAAUUGGGUUGGGUUGGAUUGGCAAUCAUGGGAAAUCCUGUUUAUUUCGAAUGCAAAAGUGCUUGGCUUGACUCUGCAUGCUAUGGGGGUGUAAUUAUUUUCUUCAAACCAUUGAUGCCAGUGCUGCUUCAAACUCCCUGUGUGAAAACCGCCUCUGCUGCUCUUUCUCCAUUAUUCCUGGGGAAUUUUUUCAUUUUUUUUCAAUAAAAAAGCAAAUGUAACAAGCCGACAAAUUGCCGUUUUUUUGCGCAUUUCUUAACAGGUGAUGAGGGGCCCCAUGAGGCCAGGGGUUUCUGAAAAUUUGUUUUCACACAUGCAUUCAAAUUGCAAUGAAACUAUGGCUGCGAAUGCAGAAAGAGAACCUGAUCUUGCAAUGAAUAUUGAAGACUCAGGGAAUGAAGGAAGCCUUGAUGGGUUUGAGGGUAGACAUAGUGAAGAUAGUGAUAGUGAUGUAGAUCGUGUAGGCUUAGAGGACGAUGGCGGUGGCCCAGAACCUGGGGGAACAGAUGACGAAGAAGAGGAAGCUCAAUGGACAGAACAGCUGAGUGACUUCCACGUCCCAGACUUCCAAGCAGCAACUGGAAUAACUUUUACCUUACCUGCUAAUCCCAAUCCUCUAGAUUACUUUGUAGAAUUCAUAAGUGAUAAUUUAUGGGAUUUCAUUGUUGAAGAAACUAACCGCUGUGCUCGCCAAAAGCUUUGUGAUGUACCCCAGCGCCUUGCUAAAUUCGUUCCUGUCACACCCGCAGAGAUCAAGGCAUUUGUAGGAAUCAAUGUAAUUAUGGGCAUCAAUGUCCUUCCCAAUCUAGCUUUAUAUUGGUCUUCUGAUAGUUUUUUUGGUAACCAGGGUAUUAAAAAGGUUAUGCCUAAAAAUAGAUUUCAGGAAAUAAGUUGUUAUUUACAUUUUAAUGAUUCUACUAGAGAACCUGCUCGUGGUACUCCAGGUUUUGAUCGCCUUUACAAGAUAAGGCCGAUUUUAAACUCUGUGUUGAACAAAUGUCAAAGUAAUUUCAAACCAACCAAGAACCUUUCCAUCCAUGAGGGUGUGAUCAGUUAUAAGGGGACAAGGGAAUCUUUUAGACAAGACAUGGCUGCUAAGCCAAAUAAGCAUGGAAUCAAAGUUUGGAUGGCAACUGACUCAAGCAAUGGGUAUAUUUUGAAUUUUGAUGUUUACCUAGGUAAAGAAAAUGAUGUUCGUCGGCACAUUUAUGGGUUGGGUUAUGAGGUUGUAACUAAGUUGGUUAGGCCUUUCAUGAACAGGAACCAUCGUGUAUUUUUUGAUAACUUCUUUACAACAACUAAGCUGUUAGAACAUUUAGAAGUUAAUGCUACUUUUGCUUGUGGAAAGGUCAGGUGCAAUCGUAAAGAUUUGCCAGCAUGUGCAAAAGACAAAUUGCAAGCUGGGGAGAAGUUGGUUCGCCAGAAAGACCAUGUUGUUUUCACCAAGUGGCGUCACAGACAGGAAGUUAGUGUAGUGAGUACUAUUGUAAGUCCUUUAGCUGAUGAUGUUGUGGUUAAUCAGGUUGUGAAACCAGUUGUAAUUGAUUUGUUCAACAAGUCCAUGGGGGGCAUUGAUCAUGCCGAUCAAUUGCGCGGGUAUUAUUCUGUAGGACGUUCAUGUCACAAGUGUUAUAGGCAUAUUUUUUGGUUUUUGAUUGAUAUUUCAAUAUGUAAUGCUUUUGUCCUUUGUAAUCACCAUCGGUUAGGGAAAGGUCAGUGUAAACUUAGACAGUUAGAUUUCAGGUUAAGUCUUGCUAAGCAAUUGAUUGGGGGAUUUUCUACUACUGUGUCUGCAGCACAAUCCUCAAAGCGCCGUAAGAUUGAGGCUUUUGCGCUUGAGCAGGGAAAUUCAUCGAAACAUUUUAUUGACAAAAUUGAGGGCAGGAAAAGACAGUGUGUUCAGUGUAAGAGGGAGGGUGCAAAGACUCCCAAAGGUCGUCCUAUAGAAACUAGUUUUGAAUGUGUCCAGUGUAGUGUUGCACUAUGUAAAGAAGUUUGCUUUAAUGAUUAUCAUAUGUUGUAAAUUAUUUAUCAUACAUGUAAUGCAAAUGUAGUUGAACCUUGCGUAAACAACCACCCCAAAUGUCAAGCUCAGGUGGUCGCUUACGAGAGCUUUGACCAUACUGAGUCACAAGUCUGCCUCAUUAGCAUAUGGUAACUGCAGAGAGUUUCCCCAUGUUUUGAAUAUUUAAUCACAGUGAAGUCAAUUUCAAGAAAAAAUCCAGUACUUCCCGUUGAGAAAUUUCCAUCUCUUGUACUACUCAGGAAUGCGGUAAUUUUUACUAUGACAUUUUAUUAUCCAAUUUCCACUUAAUUAACUGUCAAGUUGUCACUUACAGAAGAUAAAAACACAAUGGAAAAUUUCAAACUUUUAGUUCUAAAAGUGGUUAUGGUAGCUUACGAGAGGUGGUUGCUUACAAGAGGUUUCAAAUAUUGUGAUCUGACUUGGAAACUUUUGGUUUUGUGGAAAACCAGUUGCUGAGUACAGAUGGUCACAAUUUACAAGAGGUGGUUGCAACUGGAGGUCUUAUUUUCAAAUUGGAUUGUACAUGUAUCCAGUUUAUGUAUUGGCUUUUUUCCCAAUACUUUGAUUGAUAUAUAUAUUUUUUUCAUAAUGGAAAUGCUAUUGAUUUCAUAAAAUUACAGAAAACAAUUAUGCCAUUUUGUUGCAUUGCAAAGAAAUUACAGUGUAUAUAAUUCCUUAUAGACUUGUAGAGUUACAGUUCAUUUUGCAGAUAUUUUUAAUAAUUGGCCACUUUCUUGACUUCCAAAUAAACAUUAGUUUGAAACCUG